AUGCAUCUCCCCUUCCUCUCCAUCGUACUCCUCAUUAUUCAUACCCAAAUAUCUCGCGCCGAAACUGCAUGCACCGAUUUUAGAUUUCUCGUGUACAUCGACUACACCCAAUACCAAUUCGGCUACCCCCCUUUCAGUGACAAUUACGAUGUAGCUACCUAUAUCCAAGACAUCAAUCGCCGCGACGCCGACAAGACUUUCCAUUCUAUUUCAGGCAGCAUUCCUGGAAAUGGAACCUUUCGUUUCUCGGGAACGUAUUGCGAGCCGGCGAAUGCAACUACUUUGUUAGUUGCUACGCAUGGUUUGAACUCUGAUAGAACUUAUUGGGAUAUACAAUACCAACCCGAAAAAUACAAUUUCGCAAACUACGUAGUAGGGAAGGGAUAUUCGUUUCUUUCCUACGAUCUUCUAGGGGCAGGUCGUUCUCAAGUAAUAAGCGGCUACACCCUCCAACUCCCGAUGCACGUUGCCGUGCUCGAGAAAAUCCUCACCCGAAUCCGCGAAAACUCGCUUUUUCCAAAAUCGGUCGAACAUACUGUGCCCAAGAAAAUUGUCCCUAUCGGCUUUAAUGUAGGUUCCAGCAUUACAAAUGCAGUUAUAGCCAAGAAUGCUUCUCUGGCCGACGCGGUAAUCUUGACUGGAGUUGGCUACAAAGCCAGCGUUGCCAGCUCCAUCGGCUCUCUUCUUUCGAGCUGGAAUGGAAAGAUUGCAAGUACGGUGGAUAAGAAAUGGGAGGAUUCGGGAUAUGAUUCGGGGUAUUUGGAUCAGGAUGAUAAGUUUGUGAUUUGGAAAUUGUUCUAUCGGAAAGGAUACUAUGAUACGAAUCUUACAGAUUCACAUAGUACAGAACAUCGAUAUCCACAAGCUAUAAUGGGAAGCGCGACGGCGCCCCUAGUCGAUCUGAAUGCGAGAGCUUUUAAAAGCCCGGUGUUAGUCAUGGCCGGCGAAUACGAUUAUAUAAACUGCGGUGGCAACUGCCAAGGCAUUCUGGGACCAACGGCUAGAGAAGCAUUUCCUAACUCCAAAGGAUUUCAGAGUCACGUUCAGCCAGGUGCAGCUCACAGUUUGAAUUUAGCUUAUAAUGCAACGGGCGGCUACCAGGUUAUUGUAGAUUUUCUGAAGAAGAAUGGGCUCUAA